AAACGACACAGGUAAUAUUUGUUUUAGUUUUAACUUAUCAACUAUACACGGAUCUAUGUACAAUCACGUGUAGUCCGUGUGUGUAGUAAGACAGAUAUUUCCUUACACAGUGCACAAUAUGGCUUGUUGUGGAGGACCUGGAUAUGCCUCACCACUUUCUGCCAUGCGGAGUGGGGCUAGGGAAACUUUGGUAUAUAUUCCCUGUAUCAUCCCACCAAGCAGACGAAAUGUUGAGCCAGAUUACCUGGUAACAGUAGAUGUUGAUCCAAAAUCACCUACUUACUGCAAGGUUGUCCACAGACUGCACAUGCCAAAUGUAGCGGACGAACUUCAUCAUUCAGGAUGGAAUGCAUGUUCCAGUUGUCAUGACGAUCCAUCAAGAUCUAGAAAUCGACUUAUUCUGCCAUCAGUAAACAGUAGCAGAAUAUAUGUGGUUGACACAGGAACAAAUCCAAGGAAACCUUCACUAGACACGAGUAUUGAGCCAUGGGAGAUGACAGAAAAAUGUGGCAUGUCAGCUCCUCACACAACACAUUGUCUUGGUUCCGGUGAUAUAAUGAUCAGCUGUAUGGGAGAUCCAAAAGGAGACGCCAAAGGUGGUUUUGUUUUGGUCGACGGCAAAAGUUUUUCAAUUAAGAAAAAAUGGGAACGUGAAUCUAUUGAAAUGGGUUAUGAUUUUUGGUAUCAGCCGUAUCAUAACGUUAUGAUCAGUACUGAGUGGGGUUCACCAAAAGCAUUUAGGAGCGGAUUCAAUCCUGCGCAUGUGACACAAGGGUUAUAUGGACGAAGUUUGAACGUGUGGGAUUGGCAAAAACAUGAAAGAAUUCAAAGAAUUGACCUUGGAGACGAAGGUUGGAUCCCACUCGAGAUAAGAUUCCUUCAUGACCCGGAAGCAACAGAGGGUUUUGUUGGAUGUGCUCUUAGUACCAAUGUAUUUAGAUUCUGGAGAAAACCCGAUGGUAGAUGGGACGCUGAAAAAGUGAUUGAUGUUCCAUCUAAAAAAGUUCAGAAUUGGGCCCUACCGGAUAUGCCAGGUUUGAUCACAGACAUCUUGCUGUCAUUGGAUGAUAGGUUUAUAUACUUCAGUAAUUGGAUACAUGGUGACAUUAGGCAGUAUGACAUCACAGACAGACGCAAUCCAAAAUUAGUUGGUCAGGUUUGGCUUGGUGGAAGUAUCCAGAAUGGAGGCAAAGUAAAAGUUACAGAGGACAAAGAAAUGACAAGACAACCAGACCCAGUCUACGUGAAAGGGCGUUUGGUUAGAGGUGGUCCUCAGAUGAUUCAAUUGAGUUUGGAUGGAAAGAGGUUGUACGUAACAUCAUCUUUAUUCAGUUCCUGGGACCAACAGUUUUAUCCUGAAUUGAUUACGGAAGGUAGUCAGCUUUUUAAAAUUGAUGUUGACACAGUUAAUGGAGGUAUGACGUUGGAUAAGAAUUUCUUGGUUGACUUUGGAGAUGAACCAAACGGACCUGUUAUGGCACAUGAAGUCCGAUAUCCCGGAGGAGAUUGCAGUUCUGAUAUCUGGUUGGCCAGCACGGCUGGCAAAAAUAAGCUGUAAAAUUUUACGCAGACAUUUUACCUGACAUUCUUUGAUAGUUUAGAAGCAAAAGUUACUUUUUAUAAUUUAUAAAAUGAAAUUGCUGUUGCUUGUUAGAUAUAUAUUUUAUACAGAAGCUUUCAUAUUUUAAAAAUUAAGGGCCAAUGUAUGUUGUUGUAUGUAUUUGUUGCAACUAAAACUUUACAGGAUAAGUAUUUUUUUUCAAUAAAUUAAUUAUCAUUUUGUUUAACCCAGUAGUCACAUUUAUGUAUCGAAAUGCAGAAUAACUAACUUUGAAACGACACAGAAAUGAAAUUGAUGUUGCCUGUAACAUAUAUCAUUAUGUAAGGUCUAUUGUUGAUAUUUUUAUUUAGUGGCCAAUGCAUCUUCUAUUAUCUAAUUGUUGUAGAGUUAUCUUUACUGGAUAUAAUGUUUUUCAUAAAUUACAAAUUUUAUUUUUAUACUGUAUCGAAACACAAAGUAACUGAACAUAAAAAGUUAUUUAUAAAAAAUACAAUUAGAUUCUGAUGUUGUUUGUAUCGUAUAUUAUAUGACAUGUACAUUUAAAUACAUAAAAGAAGUAUUUUCAG